AUGGCCAGAUGGCUCGAGGAAAACACCUGCAUCGGCGAUAACACUAUUUUCUACACCACGCCCGCCAAUGAACGCGAUGCCGAACAGUUCUCCAACCAGGUUGGCGGAACAUACUACGGUGUGCUCAUCGACCAGCGCAUGAAGAAGGUUAACGGCGCAACGGAAGAUGGAAUUUUUUGGAAAUGGGUGGACGCGUGUGGUGGUACCCCUGAGGAGGAGAAUAAAGUGGCACAUCACGUUAGCCAGGCGCUUGCAAUGAAGGCGACGGGGCCGACGUAUCUCAUGCUGCCCAAGGGGGCAACACCAAAGCCGAGUUCAUUCUGGUUAGUGGACGAGUGGCCUAUGUUGAAAAAGAGGGGGAUCAAAGUCACGCAGGUGCAGCCACAAACAUUCGAUCAGACCCCUUAUAAUGGUCCUUGA